ACAACAGCCCCGCUGAGCUCCCCAUUGCCGCAGCCUAUCGCCGCCGCCGGCCCGGCCCUGCCCCCGGCCCGCCCCCCGCCGCGCCCGGCACCGCGGCCCCGGCCCAGCCUCAUUCAAACGGCAGCAGCUCCCGGCACCCGCCGGUCCAGAGCUAAGGAAGAACAGUCUUGCUCUUGGUAGAGUGUGUUAAUUGAAAGCAUGUUGGCUACCAAGCUGUCCCGGCCUCUCCUAAAGUUCUCUGUGAAAGCCCUGAAUUUCAAGGACCCAGGGAGUGGCUUUAGGCCUGUGCAGAAAUUUUCCCUUCCUGUCUUGUCCCCAUGUGGCAGUCGCUCUUAUGCAAGUGAAGUCGAUCAGAUUGGCAGCAGAGCUGUGCUUAUAACCGGCUGUGACUCAGGAUUUGGAUUUGCCUUGGCCAAGCACCUCCAUGGCAAAGGCUUCAUUAUUUACGCUGGCUGCCUGCAAAAGGACAAAGGAGAGGGUGGCUCCAAGGAACUGGACAACAUGAAGAGUGAUCGGAUGAGAACGGUCCAGCUCAAUGUCUGUGACAGCAAAGAAGUGGACCGAGCAGUGGAGCAUGUGAACAGCAGCCUGGAGGACCCAGAGAAAGGGCUGUGGGGGCUGGUUAACAAUGCUGGGAUCUCCACAUUCGGGGAAGUUGAGUUCACCAGCAUGGACACCUACAUGGAGGUAGCUGAAGUGAACCUGUGGGGCACUGUGAGAACCACCAAGGCUUUCCUCCCGCUCAUCCGGAGGUCAAAGGGGCGUGUGGUGAACAUCAGCAGCAUGAUGGGUCGGAUGGGCAGCCCUGCCCGCUCCCCAUACUGCAUCACCAAGUUUGGCGUGGAAGCCUUCUCCGAUUGCCUGAGGUACGAGAUGCAGCCCCAGGGAGUGAUGGUCAGCAUCGUGGAGCCCGGCAACUUCAUCGCUGGCACCAACCUGUACAGCCCCGAGCGGAUCAAAGCCAUUGCCGACAAAAUGUGGGACGAGCUCCCGGAGAUCGUGCGCAAGGACUAUGGCAGGAAGUACUUUGAUGAGCAGGUCAGCAAGAUGGAGAACUACUGCAACAGCGGCUCCAGGGACACCUCGCCCGUCAUCGAGAGCGUCGCCCAUGCCCUCACCUCCACCACCCCCUACACCCGCUACCACCCCAUGGAUUACUACUGGUGGCUGCGCAUGCAGAUCAUGACACACAUGCCUGCUGCCAUCGCAGAUCGGCUCUAUGUCUACUGAGGCCUCACACUCACAAGCUACCCAGGUGGGAAAUCAGUUUUAAAGAGAGCUUUGUACACAUUUCCCAUUAGUCCUUUUUAAAUUUUUCUAACCUCAUUUCAGAGUACUGUAUUUUAGCUCUAAAGGGUUCAUUUAAAUAUCAGACAUAACCUAAAGGGCAGUAAUUUGCAGGAAAUGCCUCAUAGCAGGAAUACGUUAUGUUUAUGCAGAGGCAAUGAUUCUUUGCUAUUUAUUUCAUUUAAUCCUUUCUUUUUUCACCUCAAAUAUGAAGUUGUAAUCAUUAUUUAAACUGCAAUUGCUCUGAAAUGUUUUCAGAAUAAUUUCUGCUGAUGGCCAAACACAAUCUUCACAAUUCCUGCCAAGGGUGCAGCCUUCAUACCACAAAACAGAGUCCCUCCAUACAGUAAUGGCAAACCACUGCUUCCUUAUGACAAAGAACGUCCAACUGACUUUUUCAGACCUGGUCACAGUAGCCCAAGGCAUAUCAGAGACUUCUUUAAUUUGAGGAUCAGAACUCAAAAUACUCAAGGUGCUGAAACUGAGCAACUGACCCCGUCCCUUUCUCUCUUAGAACUAUAUUGAUGAAACAUUAGAGAAAAGGAACACGUCUGUUUUUCUUGCAUGCUUUCUUGCAAAGGAGGUCAAUGAUCCAGGGACUCAGUCCUGCAGACCUCCCCCGCAGGAGUUUCUUACUCCUAUGAGCAUUCCCAUGAGUGUGAGUGGCUUUACGCACAGAACUGCAGGUGUCAGGAGUGGCCCGCAGUAACAUUUCUCUUCAACAGUAGCUGAACAUCAGCUCCAGAGUUAGCCUGGAGAAGUUUCACUCAAGCUCCUGCAAUUUGUGAGGAUCACAGUGGAGAAGCAGGGAGGGUUAUAGUCACAUCAGUGACCUCAGAGUUACACCGAAGUGUUUGUACAGCACCUUGCACAGAAGGGCCUUAACUCUGACCGGGGCCUCUGUGCAGUGCAGGUGAUGAUAACAGUAAUUACUUCCAUUGAGGGAGUCACUGAGCUGAAAUACAUCCAAUAUGACAUAAAUCUAUCAGAACGUCCAUAACAGUAAAGUUAACUUUAGAAGCAGUUUCAUUUCCAUGAUGGUUGUUUACAUGUCUAAGAAAUAUUUGUUUUGUACUUUAAGAAAAGGAAAGGAAAAAAAAACAUAAAAGAGCCUUCCAUGGAGAAUGCAGAAAGAGUAAAUUUUUUUUAAGCUUGAAAGGCAAAAAUAAAAAGUAACUUAAAUAACCAUUGUUAGUGAAGUUGAAAAGAUCUCAUGUACUCUAGUAACAUACAGUGAUAUGAUCAAACUCCUUUGGCUUAAUAAAUGUAUACAUGAAUGGUAACAAAA